GCGCCUCUGACAGAAUCCGCACGAAGAAGACCCUGGGCAGUGAAAACAAAAGUCCCCCUGGGUUUAUUCUGCUUAUGGUCUUGUUAUGCCAGCUAAAAAACGACAAAAUGAUCCCGAAACGGGUAAAAAGAAUAAGAAAGAGAAACGAGGUGAACUCGCCGUGAUUAAUUCGGAUUUGAGGGAUGAAUCUGCCCAGAAAGGCAUGAGAGACGCAUGGCAGAGGAAAGAGAGCUACACUAAUGGUAAUGUCCACCUGGACUGUGAGCCCUUCCCUCACUGUCAGAUCACUCAUUUCCUGCAGAGUGAGAGCUUUGUGGAAAGUCUGCAAGCAGAGCUCCUGCAGCUGAAUUUCAACAGCAAGUCAAAUGAUUUGUACAAGUUUCAACAGUCAGAUGAUCUGAGAGAGAGAAAAGAACAUCAUAUCUCACAAAUAAGGUCUGUGAUUUUUGGGGAGUUUCGUGUUUGGUUGUCUGAAGUGUUGCAGGUGGACCUGGAGGCGACUGUCGAUAUAUCCUGUGCAAAGUACGAGCAUACAGAUGUUUUGCUGUGUCACGAUGAUGAGCUGGAGGGACGAAGAGUUGCAUUCAUCCUCUAUCUGGUACCUCCCUGGCAGGUGAAAGAUGGAGGGACACUGGACCUCUUCAGCACUGAUGAACACUGUCAGCCUGUGAGUGUUGUCAAGUCUCUGCUUCCUUGCUGGAACUCUCUGGUGUUUUUUGAAGUCUCCCCUGUCUCCUUUCAUCAGGUGGCAGAGGUUCUUUCUGAGGAGAAGUCCCGCUUAUCGCUGAGUGGUUGGUUUCAUGGCCCUUCUCUACCAAGACCCUCACGCUACAUUGAACCCCCAGUUCCCCGUCACAUUCAUAUCCCCAGAGAUGAGAGUUUGCUGUUUGAGUGGGUGAAUGAGAUGUACCUGGAUCCUCGCUAUCAGGCUCGGGUACAGCAGGAAUUUGAAGAGAGUUCUGAGAUUUGCUUGCCUAGUUUCUUACAGGAGGAGAAACUAAGGCAGGUGCGCAGUGCACUGCAGUCAUCUGAAAUCCAGUGGGAGAGGAAGGGGCCACCCAAUAAGAGGUGUUAUGGCUGUGCAGAUAUGCAGAGCGUCCCAUCUUGUGUACAGGAGUGCUGGGAGCUCCUAUCCUCCGAGUCAUUCUUCAUCCUCUUAUCCAACCUGACCGGUCUCCGUCUACACUAUCUGUGCAGCGAUGAGGAUGCGAGCGAGAAUGAAGAUGGAAAGAGUGAGACAGAAAACGGAGAUGGAGAAGGAAAUACACAAGCAUCAGCAUCCAAUACUGAUGUUGAUGCUUCAUCAACUGAGAGGAAAGACAAAGGACCUCCUACUUGUGUAGGAAAACUGCGUCGCUGGAAGCAUGGCGACUAUACAUUAUUACAUGAUUCUGUCAAAAGAGAGUAUGCAUUGGAUCUGCAGCUUCACAUGGGCUGUGCAGGGUGGAAGUCAGAGUUUGGGGGAUUUACAUCCUAUAUUGCACAUGAUGAAGAUGAGGAGCUCCUGACAGUAUAUCCUGAAGAUAACUCCCUCGCUCUGGUCUACAGAGACAAAGACACCCUCAAGUUCAUCAAGCAUAUCAAUAGUAGCAGCUCCAGCCAACUUUCUUCCCAGAAUACCACAGCAUUCUAUGACUUCUCUUUUAACUACUAUGAAUGAUGAGAGAAAAUCAAAUGUUUGAUUGGCUGGCUGAUUGUAUGGGAGUACACGAAAGCAGAGUGCAUUGGCAAUACAUUUCAUAACAUUUUGAGCUUUAGUAUACACAAACAUAAAUACGUUUGAAAUAUAAGGGCACUUUCAUUUUUGAAUGUGCAAGUUUCACUCCCAACUACAAAAAUUCAGUGUUAAGUGUGAUGCUUGAAAUAAAAUGUAAUCAUUUGAUUGUUAAAAGAGCAUUUGUGCUCGGUUGUCAAUAAAUGUUAAUAAUUAACUCAUGAAUAUUGACAUUUGUGUUCACUUGAUGCCCAUUGUGUUAUACCACAGAUCUAUAAAAGUGUUAAACACCAAAUGAAGUUUGAGAACAUCAGUGAAAAUGUUUAUAUUUUAGGUAGUUCAACAUCAUUAUCUACUCACCCUCAUUCUAAAACUGUAGGCAUAUAUAUAUGUAACCUGUAUGCAUUUCUUUAUUCUUCAGAGCAUAAAAGAAGAACUUGUUUUUUUUCCCUCUACAUAUCUAGUACAUGUUUGGAAUGACAUGAGGCUGAGUAAUUAAUGAGAGAAGUGAUUUAAGUGAUUUCAAUUGAAAUAUAUUUGAAGUUUAAUUAACAUUUGAGUGAAGUUUAAUUAAAAAAUGUACAUGAAUAUCAGAACAUCUUAGUAUUUGGUUUGUCUCUGUUCUGCUGUAGUGACAAGCAUUUGAGCUGCAUGAACUAAACCUGAUGAUCACAUUCUCCAGCAUCAUUUGAGAAUGAUCCAAAGAGCAUCCUCCGCUGAAAUGGAAACAAGAACAUCUGACCAUCUCUAAACGGAUUUCACAUAAUCAGUGUCACAAAUAUAGUU